CCUGGGUUAGUUACCGCCAUAAAGCUUUGAGGUUCUGCGAAGCCGCUAGAGUAGAAAAUGAGAAAGAUCAGCACAUUCUUCUCUUUCAGCGCCUAACAAAAAUCAUGGGGCGAUUUACAGAUGACAUCGACAAACAGUUUGAGCAGCGCAUGAACGAUCUAGACGUUCGCGCACAGGCUACGGGUAGUAUAAUCGAUGAACUUUCGCCAAAAGUAGACCAUUUGAAAGAUAGUCUAAAAUCGGUAGAAGACUUCUUUCUUGCUCGACUUAUGCACACCGUUAAGGAAACCGCGGAUGCAGUCAAUUUGGGGGCGCAGAAUGCUGCUGACCUGCAGAAAAUGCUUGAGGUUAUAUUGAAGAGUGUUUUUGAGGGGCAAGCUGAAGUAGCAUCCUCCUACGAGCACUCAAUGCAACUCGCCAAUCAACGUGCAGAGUCUGCAAUUAACACAGCGAUCCAAGCAAUCGCGGUAGUUACCGAUUCUGCAGUGCAUUUACGAACCCAAGUUGAGCUUUCGCGCCUCCAAGCGAUGGAAUUGGACUCCAGGCAAGCCAAUUUAGAGGAGGGCAUGCAGCGACUUGUCAAUAUCACAGAAAAUUUAGCAGUGAAAUAUGACGAUCAUACGAGCCUGCUCCAUCAGGCACGUAAUAUAACGAAUGAUAUUCUUGAAACACUAGAGGACACAGCUGCUGAGGCAGCUAAUGUCGGCAAUUCGAUCCUUAAGCAGUCUUCCGCCUCGUCAUGGUGGCCAUACGUUUGGUGCCCAGCAGCAUCACUAGUACUAGGCUCAUACGGGCUCCCCCCUUCCGCGAUGAGGAAUUUGGCACUGUUGACUUUAGGGGAGGUAGCUGGUUUUACGAUAUCAUCUAUGAAGUCAUCCGCGCCUACCAUCAAACUCUCUACUUUGCUGCAUACUUGGGGGAAUUCAUUUCCUAAAUCAAGCUCGCCUUCCGACACUGCUAGUCAACUUGAAUUGCUAUAGGAGUAUAAAAACUUUUUUACUCGCAUUUUAACUUCUGAUUUAGUAGGAGGCAAAGGUAAUGGAGGACUAGCUUUUACGUAUAUUGGUCGUGGUAUCAUAAGUUGGGGAAGGAUUCUGCUCUGAAAUAUUUGCUUUAUCAUGCUAUUCCUUUGAACAUUGAGGAAAGGGGAUCUUUGGAGUCGGGAAGAAGAGAGGCCAUUCUAGAAGCUCC